AUGGAGCAAGACGGAGUUUUGCCAGACACUCUUCCUGUCCAAGAAGGCUUUUGGAGGAUGAUGUGGCACAUAGGUGAGGCCGUCAUUACGGCCACCGUUCUGCUCUCCAUGAUGUUGGGCUUUACUUUGUGCAAAAGGGCAAAGGCUGUGCAACCUGGCAAGCAAGGCUCUUCCAGAUUGUCCUUGCGCGUGUGGAUGAUGCUAUUGUUGCCGAACUCAGUGAUGCAUGUCUGUGGAGGUUUGGUGAUCGUGGCCGGGCCCCAAUACGUCAUGUCUGGAGUGGGCGACGCGGGCGAUGCGGGCCUCGUCGCUGGCAGCUUCGGCUUGGGCUCGGUCCUAGCGAACCUCGUUGCCUUUAAGCUUGGCAGCAUGCUUCAACCCUGGCUAAUGUGCAUCGUGGCUGCUGCAAUGGGCUUAGCAGGCGUGCUGCUUGGUGGUCUCCUGUCUGCACCCGAACAGCGCCUCUACGGCCUAGUAGGGGCCGCGGGGUUCGUGGGCUUUGCCCAAUCCCUGCAUGUGGUCGCGAGGAUCUUCUACCAAGCGGAGAUGGUAGCAGAUGGGCAGGCCUUCGUGUCAGGCUGGGUCAGUGCCUCCAACAUUGUUGGCAUUGCCGUGGCCGCCUUCUUGACCUCCUUCAUCGACUGCACGGUGUACACGAAUCUUGGCUUCUUGUGCGGUGGUGGACUCUUGCUGUACGUGAGCCUCGUCUUGAUCGCCAGCUUAGCAAAGACCAGGCCUCAGAGCUGUGGGGACAUUGAGUCGGCCAAGGCGUCAGCUUCAAUGGUUUCAGCUGACCACGAAGAGAAGGAACCGUCGGCGCCAGCGAUGCUGGCAACACCCGCCUUGUCACAAAAAACGUCAAGGCUGUCAUGGCUUUCUUGGCAAUUGGCGAAGGUUUGCUUCCUUAUCUUCACCAUGGCAAUUUCGAGGGAGGCCCAGAAGUUCCUUAUUCCUUUGGUUGGCGCGGAACUCAACAUCCACACGAGUUUCGUCGGCAACGUUGCUUUCAUGUCGCAGAUGGAGUCCCUGAUCGCUGCGCCUCUGGGCGGCCUGUUGAUGGAGUACCUGGGCAUUUUGCCGCUCCUCUUGGUUUCCCUGCUGCUGUCCGCUGUGGGAAUUCAGGUCUUGUGCAUACCUCGGACAGAUUUGUAUGUCCAGGGCGCUAGCCUGUUGGGCCUUGCCUGCGGCCUGAGUGCCGGUGCCGCCAUUGCUCUUUCCAUUACGUAUGCACCCAAAGAGCGCAGCAAGAGCUUCAUGAACGCCUGCCGCUUCUUCAACUCCUCAGCGGAUGUCGUAAUCCCCCUGAUCGUGGGAUCACUUGCCAGCUCAGCUGGGGUCUUGGUGGCUGGCAGCACUCUGACGCUUUUAAUGCUUGGGUCCAUUUGCAUCGCCCUGUUCAUGUUUGAUCUGCAGCUUGUACUGGCAGAUUCCACAAACAAUGUGCGGGACGUGCGGGUGCCUUCUAUGGACUUUGUGAUUCCUUUGAAGGCCGUCGGACCCUUCACUCGCACCGUCCUCGAGAGCAUCUUCACGCAUUAUGCACCCAGGCGAAUCUACGUAAUUUGCCAGCAGGAAGUGCGGGAGUCGAUGUCGCAGGCAAUGGUGGAGUGGGGCCUGCCAAGUGGCCGCGUCGCCUUCGUCGACGAGGAGUCGUACUUCGAGAAGAGGCUGGGUUUCCGUAGGGAAGAGCUCAAAGAAGCGUGUUGGAAAGGCAUCAAAAGCAUCAGCCCACGGGACUUCGGCUGGUGGUGGCAGCAGCUGUUGAAGCUGGGAGCCGGGCAGUGCAUUGAGAACAUCUCCGAGAACUUCUGCGUCUGGGAUGCGGACUUGAUUGUGCUUGAAGCUUGGCCCCUAGCCGACGCCGGCAACACGCAAUGCUUCGUUGCGCCGCUACAGGAGAAAUACCUUUCUGAGCGGCACGAAGAAGCCUACGACUCGAGCACCAGACAUAUUCUCAAGCUUGAGCCUACAAAGCCAAGCGAAGGGGGAACUUGGAUCGCGCACCACAUGGUCUUCAACAAGAAAGUUCUGGAGCAGAUGCUGAAACUCAUCGAGUCAAACGAGUCGCUAAGUGCGGAAUCUCGAGAACCUUGGCCUCAGAAGAUCCUCCAAAUGGCCGACAGCUUUGAGAGAGUCUCUGAGUACGUGAUGUAUGGAACCUACGCCAGCCAGAACAUUUUAAGGGCGCACCCAUACCAGACAUACGGCGCGCGAGGCUUGCGCCUGUAUGAUCGAGAGGAAGCUUUGGCGAAGGGCCGCGAUUCCAAUGAAUUCCUCAUGGACCGCUUGAAUGCGGAAGGCCAGCCUAUCUCUGGCUACUCCUACCAGAAGGUUGCUGCAGAGGUGGCGCCGUUGGGCUUGACGCACUUGCAGAUGGAACAUGUGUAA